AUGAAAAACUCUACCCUUGCCCUCAGCCUGUUCUCUGCUGUAUUUUGUCUACUCUGGGCACCUUCUGCUGGACAGAAGACACUCCACUUGGGAAGCUGUGUGAUUUCCACAAGCCUUCAGAAAAUAAGAAGUGAAUUUUCUGAGAUACGGGACAGUGUGCAAGCUGAAGAUGGAAACAUUGAUAUCAGAAUCUUGAGGAGCUCCACAUCUUUGCAAGACACGAAGCCUUCAGAUCAGUGUUGCCUUCUCCGCCAUUUACUGAGACUCUACCUGGACCGAGUAUUCAAAAACUACCAGACCUCUGACCCCCACACCCUCCGGAAGAUCAGCAGUCUUUCCAACUCCUUUCUAACCAUCAAGAAGGAUCUCCGGCUAUGUCAUGACCACAAGACAUGCCAUUGCGGAGAGGAAGCAACGGAGAAAUACAGCCAGAUUCUGAGUCACUUUGAGGAGCUUGAGCUUCAGGCAGCUGUAGUGAAAGCCUUAGGGGAGCUAGAUAUUCUCCUGCAAUGGCUGGAGGAGACAAAAUAG